GCCGGGAGCCCGGAACCGCCAUGGCCGGCAGCGGCAGCGGGCCCGCGCUGGAAACCAUCCAGGCGGAUGGGACGGACGGGAACUGCGUCACGUUCGUGCUGCACGACGAGGAUCACACCCUGGGCAACUCCCUGCGCUACAUGGUCAUGAAGAACCCUGACGUGGAGUUCUGUGGCUACUGCAUCACACACCCCUCAGAAAGCAAGAUCAACUUCAGGAUCCAGACCAGAGGGGCCCUUCCUGCUGUGGAGCCAUUCCGGAAAGGGCUGAAUGACCUGAUGGGUGUUUGCCAACAUGUGCUCAACACCUUUGAGAGGAGCAUGAAGGAGUUCAGGGCACAGAAGGAGGAGGAGAUGCAGUAGCCUUUGGGAAUGGCAUGGAUGUAAUCUCUGUUGAAUUCCCUGUGCCCAAAUGAGUUUUUUUUUGUUGUUGUCUUUUUUAUUACUUUGCUGCAAAAUGUAUUUUCUUUAAUAAUAAAGUUUAUUCAUUUAGAUGCUGCAGAGCUCAUGAUGUGUUCUUCUCAGCACAGGGAUGGAAAGUCAUAGAAUGUGGAGACAGACUGCUCCACAGAUUGGGAAAUUUGGGAAAAUUCUCCAAAUUUGGGAAAAUUUUUGCUCUACGGAUUGGGAAAGUGGGCUGUGUUGAUAUUCCUCAGUCUCUGUUUUCCUUGAAACCCAUUUGACUUUUAUGAUUUAUUUGUAAAACAUUUACAUUUGAGUGAAAGUUAAGCUAAAAGCCCACCCCAACACCUGGAGAAUGUUUUAAUUGCAGGUCUUGUCUCUUCUCCCCUUUUCCUCUCUCCAUUUUUUUUCUAUGACAAGGUAGAAGGGGGAAAGAAGGAAAAGAGAGAGAGGGAAAAGAGAGAUGUGGGAAAACCAGCAAACAAUCAUCAAAAGCCUGAUAAAUACAACUUUUUGAUGUAGUUUUUCUGGAAGUUUUGGCAACAACGUUAGAAUGGGAUCACAUGGAUUCUCAGUCACGUGGAAUCACGUGGAUUGCAGUCACAGACUGGUUUGUGUUGGGAGGGACCUCCACUCCCUCUCCUCCCACCCCUGCCAUGGGCAGGGACUCCUUCCCCUAUCCCAGGGUGCUCCAAGCCC